CGGCAUCGCCAUUCAUCAUCUCUAAUGGUAACUCCUUUUCUAUCAGACCCCAAAUUACAACGUUACACCGUCACACACUAAUCCCAUCAAUCUUCUUCCUCUCCCCGAUCCCAAUUAUUCUAUCAUGGCUUGCAUCAAGGGGGUGGGCAGAUCCGCCUCCGUGGCGCUGGCUCCCGAUGCUCCUUACAUGGCCGCCGGUACCAUGGCCGGAGCGGUGGACCUCUCCUUUAGCUCUUCCGCUAAUCUCGAGAUCUUCAAGCUCGAUUUCCAGUCCGACGAGCGCGAGUUGACGCUGGUCGGGGAAAUCCCCAGCUCGGAGCGGUUCCACAGACUCGCGUGGGGGAAAAAUGGAUCUGGAUCCGAGGAAUUCUCGUUGGGCCUUAUCGCCGGCGGGCUUGUCGAUGGGAAUAUAGAUCUGUGGAAUCCUCUCUCUUUAAUCGGCUCCGAGUCCGCACUCGCUGGACAUCUAUCGGUUCACAAAGGACCCGUUCGUGGUCUGGAGUUUAAUGCAAUCGCCCCAAAUCUACUCGCCUCUGGGGCUGAUGAUGGUGAAAUUUGCAUUUGGGAUUUAACUAAGCCUUCGGAGCCUUCUCAUUUUCCACUUCUCAAGGGUAGUGGUUCCGCCACGCAAGGUGAAAUCUCAUUUAUAUCGUGGAAUAGAAAAGUUCAACAGAUAUUAGCAUCUACCUCCUACAAUGGGACUACUGCAAUAUGGGACUUGAGGAAGCAGAAGCCUAUUAUUAACUUUGCAGAUUCAGUUCGUCGCCGGUGCUCUGUUUUACAAUGGAACCCUGACAUUGCUACUCAGAUUAUGGUUGCUUCAGAUGACGACAGCUCACCUACUCUCAAGCUCUGGGACAUGAGAAACACAAUGUCACCUGUGCGCGAGUUUACUGGACACCAAAAAGGUGUGAUUGCAAUGGAGUGGUGUCCGAGUGACAGCUCAUAUCUUCUCACCUGUGCUAAGGACAACCGAACUAUUUGCUGGGACACUAAUACAGCAGAGAUUGUGGCUGAGUUACCUGCUGGCAACAACUGGAAUUUUGAUGUUCAUUGGUACCCAAAGAUACCUGGAGUUAUAUCAGCAUCUUCAUUUGACGGGAAAAUUGGUAUCUACAACAUCGAGGGUUGCAGUCGCUAUGGUGCUGAAGAGAAUAAUUUGAGUACUGCUUGUUUAAGAGCACCAAAAUGGUAUAAGCGCCCGGUUGGUGCAUCUUUUGGAUUUGGGGGAAAGCUUGUAUCGUUUCACGCAAAGGCCCCUCCGAAGGGGGCCUCUAGCAUUCCGUCUGAGGUGUUUUUGCACAGCCUGGCAACUGAACAGAGUUUGGUGAGUCGAACUUCUGAAUUUGAAGCCGCCAUAGAAAAUGGAGAUAAGACUUCUCUAAGGGGUUUAUGUGGGAAGAAAUCUGAAGAGACUGAAUCCGAAGAGGAGAAGGAGACAUGGAGCUUGCUGAAAAUCAUGUUCGAAGAGGAAGGAACGACAAGGACAAAGUUGAUCAGCCAUCUUGGCUUUAGUUUACCUUCUGUGGAAAAGGAUCAUGCAGUAGAUGCGCUCUCGUCAGAUCUGAAUGGCAUUGGAUUAGAGGAUACUGCACCUGAGCCUGUGAAAAUUAACGAGGCAGCUGCAUUUGCUAUGGACAAUGGAGAAGACUUUUUCGACAACUUUCCUUCUAAACCGGAUACACCCGUAUCUACAUCCUCCAAAGAUUUUAUGCCUCCUGACACAGAUUCUUCUGCCAAAGUGGAAGAAACUCAAGAAAUACCAGAAGAAGAGGAAGAAGGUUCUGACAAAGUAUUUGAUGAUGCCAUCCAGAGUGCUUUAGUUGUUGGAAAUUACAAUGAAGCGGUGGAUCAGUGUAUAUCUGCAAAUAAGAUGGCUGAUGCUUUAGUUAUAGCUCAUGUUGGUGGUACAUCAUUGUGGGAGAGUACUCGUGAGAAAUAUUUGAAGACGAGUGGUGCGCCUUACAUGAAGAUUGUUUCUGCGAUGGUGAACAACGAUCUCACGAGCCUUAUUUAUACAAGGUCGCUUAAGUUCUGGAAAGAAACUCUUGCUCUUCUCUGUACUUUUGCACAAGGAGAACAAUGGGCCAGCCUUUGCGAUGUCCUUGCCUCAAAGUUGAUGGCUGCUGGUAACACUUUGGCUGCAGUUUUCUGCUACAUAUGCGCAGGCAAUGUUGACAGAACAGUAGAAAUUUGGUCGAGGAGCCUUGCAAACGAUCGCGAUGGAAGAUCUUAUGCCGAGCUUCUUCAAGAUCUUAUGGAGAAGACUCUUGUCCUUGCUUUGGCAACUGGCAACAAAAAGUUCAGCGCAUCUCUAUGUAAACUAUUUGAGAGUUAUGCUGAGAUAUUGGCCAGCCAAGGGCUUCUUACAACGGCAAUGAAGUACUUGAAAGUUCUUGAUUCUGGUGGCUUGUCACUUGAACUUUCCAUAUUACGUGACCGUAUUUCUCUUUCUGCGGAGCCUGAGACUAACGCUGCAGCUUCAGGCACUCAGCUUCAAAGCACCAUACCGUAUAAUCAGGAGCCAACUCAGGCGCAACCAAACGUUCUUAGUAACCCAUAUGAUAAUCAGUAUCAGCAACCAUACACCGAUUCUUAUGUCGGAGGAUAUGUUCCUCCUUCACAUGCGCCCAUGCAGCAAUCAACCAUGUUUAUGCCUCACCAAGCUCAGCCAGCUCCGCAGCCGUCUUAUCCUCCGGCUCCUGCAAGCAAUGCUCAGCCAUCCAUGAGAACCACUUUUGUUCCUUCAACUCCCCCUGCACUGAAGAACGCAGACCAAUAUCAGCAGCCAUUCGUUGGUUUUCAUUCAUUCACAGGACCAUCCAACAAUGCAUACCCUGUUCCCCCGGCUCCAAAUUCAUAUGUACCUCCUGGCCCCUCACAAGUUGGGCAAAAUCUUAACCCGAUGAUGCCCCAAGCCGUUGCUCCAGGAGCUGGAGCCAUAGGAUUUACGCCUAUGUCAGCUCCAGGAGUUGCUCCAAGAUAACAGCAGGCGACCCCUGCCCCUGCAGCUCCGCCACCAACUGUUCAGACUGCAGAUACUUCCAACGUCCCAGCCCACCAGAAACCUGUGAUAGCAACAUUGACAAGGCUAUUCAAUGAAACAUCGGAAGCACUGGGAGGCGCACGUGCAAAUCCUUCCAAAAAGCGUGAGAUAGAAGAUAACUCAAGAAAAUUAGGUGCUCUGUUUGUGAAACUCAAUAGCGGAGAUAUCUCCAAGAAUGCUGCAGACAAACUCGCGCAGCUCUGCCAUGCUCUGGACAGUCAUGACUUCGGUGCAGCCCUUCAGCUACAGGUACUUCUGACGACCAGCGAAUGGGAUGAAUGCAACUUCUGGCUGUCGACGCUAAAGCGGAUGAUCAAGGCCAGGCAAAGUAUGCGGUGAUUUUCUCAUUUCGUGGUUUUGUGAAUUAUAAACCCACAGGUGUGACGUGUAUCAGAUUCCUUUUUGGCUUUCUUAGUUCUCCUUUAAUACGCAGUUGCUGCUCCAGUCUCUGUUUUUAUUACCCAUUUGUUCUAUAGAUAAGAUAGAUCAGAUUGCUUGAUUGACAUUCUCUUGUUUUUGGUUUUACCUUACCGGACGAGUAUAUUAUGUCUCUUUUUCUUUUCUUUCUACGAA